AUGGCAGAGGGGGUUGUCGGCGUCCUUAUUCUGAAGCUUGGUUCAGCCUUGGUUUUAGAGGCUUGCAGGUUUGGCACAAAACGGCUCUACCAUGAAGCUUCAGCCCUUGGCAGGCUCUUUGUUGAGAUCCGUGAUAUCAAGGAGGAAUUGGAGAGCAUUCAAUCUUUCCUACAAGGAGCCGAGAGAUUCAAAGAUACUGACAACAACACUGCCAACUUUAUCAAGAAGAUUUGUGGCCUUGCUUUCGACAUUGAGGAUGUUAUCGAUGAGUUUAUCUACAAGAUGGAGGACCAGCAUGGUAGUUUUGCUGCAAAGAUGAAGCGCCGGAUUAAUCGUAUUUGGACAUGGCGACGCCUCACGUCCAAAUUGCAAGAGAUCAAACUAAAACUAGAGAACGUUGAUAAGAGAAAUGUUCGAUAUGACAUGAGAGGAAUUGCUAGAGAAGAUGGAAGCAGUGAUGCUCCUUAUAGAUCUACCGACCAGAUUUCUUACUUCCCCAAAGAGGAACAUCUUGUGGGCAUUGAUGAAAACAAGGAGUUGUUGAUGAAUUGGCUAAGGGGUGAUCUACAACAGCAAAGUGUAAUUACAACAGAAGACUUCGACAGUGCUGCAUGGAUAACUGUUUCAAAAGCUUACCAAGUGGAGGACUUACUGAAGCAGAUCAUCAGGGGAUUUCAGAAAAGUGAUUUGAAGGGUGAACUUCGUGUUGACAUUAUUGACAUGGAAAGGAGAAGCCUAGUUGAGAUCAUCCAUUAUUAUUUGCGUGGUAAAAGGUUUGUUUUAGUGCUAGAUGACGUCUGGGGCGUUGACAUCUGGUUCAAGAUAAGUGAUGCUUUUCCUACCAAUAGCACUAGCAGGUUUAUUAUCACAUCGAGGAUACAUCAAGUAGCAUUGCUGGCUAAUGGAAAUUGCAUAAUUGAGUUGAAGCCACUAGAGGCACACCAUUCAUGGGAGUUAUUUUGUAAAGAGGCCUUCUGGAAAAAUGAAAACAAAAUGUGUCCGCUGGAACUUAAUAAUUUGGCACAAAGAUUUGUUGAUAGGUGUAACGGGCUCCCCAUUGCCAUUGCAUGCAUAGGCCGUCGUUUGUCUUGCAGAAGCCCAACCUACUCUGAUUGGGAAAGCUUGUACAAGGAACUAGAGUUGCAGAUGACAAAUAAUGUGAUUCUUAAUGUUGUUGUUCUAAAGGUGCCUAAAAGCAUCAAAUACCUGACAGGCUUGCAAGCCUUGCGGCUUGUUGAGGCGAGCUCAGAGACUUUAUGUCAUCUUGGUGCUUUGACACAGUUGAGAACUUUUGCCAUCACCAAUGUGCAGAGGGAACAAUGUGCCGAUUUAUGCACUGUUAUAAUGAACAUGAACCAUCUUGUUAGCUUAGCAAUUAUGGCUAUAAGUGAGAAGGAAACACUUCAACUGGAAGAACUUUAUUUACCCCCAACUCUUUCAAAGCUUGAAUUAGGAGGGCAACUGGACAAGAAAGCAAUGCCCCGGAUUGUAUCAUCCUUUUCAGAUCUUGGUAACCUCACCUUAUUGACCUUAGCAUUCUCCAAACUUGAUGAAGACUCAUUUUCAUGCCUCUUGACGUUGCAUGGUCUAUGUGGGCUUUGGGUUGAUAAGGCUUAUGAAGGGAAGAGGCUUCACUUUAAUGCUACGUCUUUUCCAAAUCUUCGACAGCUUGCAAUAUCAGAUGCACCACAGCUCAACAGCGUUGUAAUCGAACGAAGCGCAUUGCAAAGCCUUGUUCAGAUAACACUUGUAGAUUGUCCAGAACUGAAGGCCCUCCCUGAUGGCAUUGAGCAUCUUAGAACACUUGAGAAAUUAUAUCUGCGAGGAGCAUUGAAGAGCUCACGGAGCUAUUUCAGUAAUGAAGAAACACACGAGUCCAAUGGGAAUCUUGAGAAGAUCGGUCAUAUCCGAAGGGUUACUGUUUAUCCAUGA